GUGUGUGAGAGUGAGAUAGAGUGUGUGUGAGAGAGAGAGAGAGAUAGAGAGAGAGAGAGCUGGGUGACCAUGACAUGUGAGCCAACUCUGCUCAGAUACAACAUCACAAAGUAUGUCUGCGGCACAAGCGGGUCGGUGCUCUGAGGGACUUGACACAGGUGAAUGAGAGGACAGUUCUUUUUUUUCCUUCUUCGCUCCCCCUUUCCAGAGUGAGAGGAGACCGAUACGGCAGCUGUAGCCUCCCGUGCCUACUUCACCCCGCUUCAGUCUGGCAGUCAGGCGUCAAGGUGCAGCAGGCAGGAGAGGGACGGAGGAAGAGCUGCUGUUUAAUUAACUAUCAGACGAAACGUUGUCGCGCAGAAUAACGUGACGGCUUUGACUGAGUGACAGCACACAGACGGAGACACACGGGAGAGGACACUAUGUCAAAGGAGACGAGAGGAAAAGGAUCAGCACGAAAGCACAGCGCCGCACAUUGGUGUCUGCAGAAUAUUGCACAAGAAUCAGUCGACAGCUCUGAUGAGGAGUUCUUUGAUGCCAGAGCAGAUGUUAUGGAGGGGAAGAGCGCCAUUCUGCUGGGCAUGAGUCAGUGGAACUCAAAUGACCUGGUGGAGCAGAUCGAAACUAUGGGACACAUGGAGGACCAGUCACAUGAGGGUCUCUACCAGCUAGGAGGUCCACGCUGUGCCCCUCAGAGCAGCAUUGAAGGACUGGAGGAUAUAGAGAGGAAAUGUACGACACAUGUGCUGCUGCUGGUGGUGCACGGGGGGAACAUCUUGGACACAGCAGGCGGAGACCCCAGCACAAAGGCCGGCGAUGUGGCCACCCUGGCCUCAGUGCUGGAGAAGGUGACACGGGCGCAUUUCCAGGCCGCCGCCGAACACGUGAAGAUCAAGCUGGUGCCAUGUCCGGCCGUGUGUGCAGAAGCCUUCUCCCUGGUGUCCAAUUUGAACCCGUAUAGCUAUGACGAGAGCUGUGUGUCCAGCAGCGUGGACCACCUGCCCCUGGCUGCUCUCCCCCUCCUCGCUAUCGUCUCACCUCGCUACCAGGAUGCCGUGGCCACCGUGAUCGCCCGAGCCAACCAGGUCUACCGCAGCUUCCUGCAGUCCGAGGACGGCCAGGGAUUCACGGGUCAGGUAUGCCUGAUGGGCGACUGUGUGGGAGGUGUGCUGUGCUUCGACGCUUUGUGCUUUAGCAACCACCAGAGGUCUGGAAGCCCCAACAACAGCAGCAGGAACAACAGCACUGAGAGCCUGAAGGAUAACUCGGGCCUACUGGGGGAGUCCAGCCCGAGUCUGAGUUCUAGCAAGAGGCUCAGUAAGAGCAACAUCGAUAUCUCCGCCCCCAAUGAAGGGAACGGCCAGAGUGGGCCGCCGCUCAGCCGUAAGCAGAGCGACUCAUAUGAUGGAGACACCUCGUCAACGGGCCAGCACAGCUUUUUUUCCAGUUUGAUGAAGGACAGCAUGGAGGUUCGUGGUGGCAGCAGCACCAGUCUGGUGUUGAAUCCCGGUCGAUUCGACUUUGAGGUGUCCGACUGCUUCCUGCUGGGCUGCCCUUUGGGCCUUGUGCUGGCCAUGAGACGCACUGUUCUGCCUGCCGUCCAGGUGAGCCAGCUGCAUCCAGCUUGCUCUCAGAUUUUCAACUUGUUUUACCCUUCGGACCCUUCAGCCUCCAGACUGGAGCCGCUGCUGCAGCCUCUCUUCCACAAGUUGCCACCCUUUGCUGUGCCGCGCUACCAGCGCUACCCUCUAGGCGAUGGACGCUCAAUGCUCAUAGCGGAGAGUAUCCAAGGCCAUUCAAAUGUGUUUUUGGAAGGAGAGAUAACUCCUGGAGGUCCAGCUUCACAGAUGUCCUCUGAGAUGAAACCUGAAGGUGGAGGAGGAGGAGGAGGAGGAGAAGGAGAAGAGGGAGGGCGUAGAGCUAGCGUGACCAGUGUGGAAAGUGAAAUGUCAAUUUGCUUUAUGGGCCAGCUGGGAAACACCAUCACUAACAUUUCCAGUAGCUGGUGGGGCUCCAAGAGGCUGGAUUAUGCUUUGUAUUGCCCUGACGUGCUGACUGCCUUCCCAACAGUGGCUCUGCCUCACCUUUUUCAUGCCUCCUACUGGGAGUCAACUGACGUAGCAGCCUUUGUUCUCCGUCAGCUCAUGCGAUGUGACGCCUUGAAGACCCAGGAAGCGGACAAGUUGGGCUCUGCUGCGUUCUCUCCAUCGAGCCCACGAGAAAAAUGGCUCAGAAGGAGGACACAUGUCAAGCUAAGGAAUGUCACUGCCAACCACAGAGUGAAUGACAUCAUUGCCACCGAGGAUGGGCCUCAAACUCUGGUUGGUCGCUUCAUGUACGGCCCCUUGGACAUGGUCACUCUCACCGGAGAAAAGGUGGACGUCCUGCUCAUGACACAACCUCAGUCUGGCCGCUGGGUGCACUUUGACACAGAGGUGACCAACAGCAGCGGCAGAGUCACAUACACCAUACCCAAGAGCAAGAAGCUUGGCCUGGGAGUCUAUCCGAUUAAAAUGGUGGUCAAGGGAGAUCAAACAAGUGCAGAGGCCUACCUGACUGUGUUGCCACGGGGCAUGGAGUGUGUGGUCUUCAGCAUCGAUGGCUCUUUUGCUGCUAGCGUGUCAAUCAUGGGCAGUGACCCCAAGGUCCGCCCCGGAGCUGUCGAUGUCGUCAGGCAUUGGCAGGACCUGGGAUAUCUGAUCAUCUACAUCACAGGCCGCCCUGAUAUGCAGAAGCAGCGUGUGGUGUCCUGGCUCUCGCAGCACAACUUUCCCCAUGGGAUGAUCUUCUUUUCCGAAGGCCUGGUUCAUGAUCCCCUGCGACAAAAGACCAUCUUCCUCAAGAACCUCAUACAGGAGUGUCACAUUAAGAUCAACUCUGCUUAUGGCUCCAUGAAGGACAUCUCUGUUUACAACAUGCUCGGCCUCUGCCCCUCACAAAUAUAUAUCGUCGGCAGACCUUCCAAGAAGUACCAAAAUCAGUGCCAGUUCCUGAGCGAGGGCUAUGCAGCGCACCUCUCCACCCUUCAGUUUGGGCACAGAGCCAGACCCAAGAAAUCCUCUUCAGUUCGUAUGGUCCUAAGGAAGGGCUCAUUUGGUCUGUCAGCGAAGCCGGACUUCCUCUGUAAGCGCACCCACCUGCGCAGGACCAUGUCGGUGCAACAGCCCGACCCGCCGUGUACACCAAACCCCAAGCCUGAGCGAGCUCAGAGCCAGCCGGAGUCAGAUAAGGACCACGGGGGAGGAGGAGGAGGUGGUCUAGGCCCAUGGGGACGGCCCUCCAUGCAUCGUGGAGACACCACUCCCUGACGUCAAAAAAGAAAUGGAAGGAUUGCAGGAGGAUAGACGAGGAGGAGAACAAAGAGGUCUUGGUGUCCAGGGCCAAGUGUGUCUUCUGCCUACUGUACAUGUACAUUGGAUCCUCUGCUGGUAUCCCUCAGCUUUACCUCCUGCUUGGCCCUCUCCACUUGUCCGGCCCUUUUUCCUGACCUGCUCGGUGGAUUAUGUCACUUAGUGUUUGUGCCUGAAAUUUUAUGCAGCUGCCGGGGGACGGCAAUGAUUUUUCGCGAAUGUCCGCGUCGAGCUAAAAUUGUGUCUAAUUGUAAAAUCACAAGAACGUACUUCAGAGAGUAGAUAUACACACACACACACACACACACAGAGAGACACACACACACACACACACACACACACACACACACACACACACACACACACACACACACACACACAGAGACACACACAUGCAUCAGAGGAUGAAAGCGGUGGUGACUUUGAACCCGUGGAGACUUUGCAGCAGAUUACCGGACACUUACAGACCGCUGUGCUGACAGGGGAGUCAUGUUGACUGACUCCAGUCCUGCAGUGAUGUAAAUACUCAACACACGUCACCCCCGUGUGGGCCUCUGGACACAGAAGGACUCUGACAUUUAGGUUCAAGCUGUGCACGAGCUCCUCAAUCUGGAGCCCCAAUGAGCCGACUUCUGCCUCCAUGUCUCCCCCACUGUUAGAUUUCUCCCUCGCGUUGUGGCUGGCAGAACAGGCCUUUCGACAGCCGCCAAAGCACGGCUCGGCCCCUGAGGUCGCAUUUGCACUAUCGAAGUGGUUAUCAAUUUAGCUGCGGUACUCGCUUCAGAAACAAAGAGUUGUAUUUGUAUAUUAACGUAUUUGUUUUCCCUGCAGAUGUGCACUGUUGGUUACUGUAACUAGUGGAAGAUUAAACAUAAUUGUUUGUUGGAAAGUGUUGGUUUGACCAAAACAUGUUUACAGAUUGAUAGACACAGAUGUAAAAAGUGAUCAGAACUUGUUAAUGACAGUGUAAUUAUCAUCAUUGGCAACAUUAGUUUAGUUGCUUUGUAGUUGCAGUAGCUUCCGGGAUGUUGUGCAAUACGCCCGUUGAAAUUCCACCAGGAUGCCCUUUCAUCCCAUUUACUACAGCUGCAGUGGAACCAAUAGAUGUGAAUAGGUUUGUGAUGAAACCAGAUGCUGUCUCGUGCACUCUGGGGUUUAAUUGAGUCUUACUAUGGUCAUGUUAAAAACUCUGUGCGAGUCAAACAUAUUUUUCUAUGAGGAAAUACUGUAAAUAGAAAUAUUUUCAAUGUAUGUUUUUGAACCUUUGUUUUUGUUUUGACUUGUUGAAUGGUUCAGUUUUGCCUUAAAUUGUAUUUGAUGUUAUGUAGAGAUACAAAAUGAUUUUAAUUUGUUUGACCAAAGUAUUAAGUUUUAUAUGUGUGUGUGUGUGUGUGUGUGUGUGUGUGUGUGUGUGUGUGUGUGUGUGUGUGUGUGUGUGUGUGUGUGUGUGUUUGUGUGUGUUUGUGUGUGUGUGUGUGUGUGUGUGUGUAUUUGUUGUAGAGUUGUAUGUACUGUGAACAUGAACACAGCUAUGACACGUGCAGAGGAAUCUGAGGAUGCAGGGAGGCCAGUGUUAACAUACCUGCUUGUUCUUUUCAGGAUUGAGCAUUUUCUAGGUUUGGAUUGAAGCAGUGUGUGAGAGGAUCACUUAGUCAAGGUUUUUAUACCUGCUAUGAAACAAAAAAGGCUAAUGUGUUCUUACGGUGUGGAACAUGCCAGGCAGGAGGGAGCUCUCUUGUCUCUUGCUUUCCCCGCCUGUACACCACAGGUGGUCCAGUAAUGAGCUGUAUGAUUACCACUAAGUGCGUAUGACUCUCUGUAGUGACGCCCCUGUAAUAUCAGUGCACUCAUUAGCAUUACUUGGUAAUUGUAUAAUAUUAUAGAAACAAUACUGAACUUCCAUUUUGUUUUGCAUUUAGAUUGUUAAUACUGAAACAUUGUUAACCAAGCGACAACAUUAUCAUUUCCAUCAAUGUAUACACAAUAAUCAAAGUGACUUCAUAAAUCUGUAGAACACACGGUGAUAUUGUCCUGCCAUGAUGAUACACUGGAAGAGUGUAAUAUUAAUGCUGGGCAGCAUUUUAGUACAACAAUUUGUUAGCAAAUGGCAAAUGAUGAUCUAAUGGUUAAAUGGUGAUUGUUCUAUGCAUGUUAAUUAUUUGAUAUUGUUCAGUAAUUGUUAUCAAUUGUCAUCUUUGGUACUCUUAACUAAUAAUAGAGUAGUGUUUUGUAAAUAAGGGGUGAAUAAUAAUUCAUGGACAUAAAUCCAACCACCACAUGUUGAGAAAAAUGCAAAACAUUACUUGAAUGACACAUAGCAGGAUUUUUAAUGAAUUAAUAAGGCAGGGCGUUGUUAAUAAAGUGAAGUUACCUCUUACUUAUACCUCACACGUUCACUCAUUCAGUGGGAUUAUUGGAAAUCAUAUAACUUCCAGUUUUAUCUUGAUACUAAAAGCAAAGAAUCCCAAUAUCACAAAAAAAAUAAAAAUACCAGGAUAUAUUAUACAAUGUAAAAAUAUUGUAUGUGUUGAGAGAUUUAAGUGUUACACAAUUGUUGUCUUCAAAUUAAUAUAAUUAACCUCUAAGUACUAAUUAAUGUUGUCAACUGAUUAGUAUUCACCAAAUCAUGACUUAACUAUUGGGUUUUGACAUAAUUUGCCAUUUAUUAACUAUUCUUAUGACUUAUAAAGUAAGCUUAAGUUCACUAACCUGGUGUGACAGAUUUGUAUUCACAUUUUUGGUCUUAUAAAUAUUUGACAUUGGCCUUUUCACUAAUAAGGACAAAAACCUGCUACAAAGUGUAUUGUUUUGUACAGAUCUCCUGUGAUGAUGAACAUGUUAUUGUGUUUAUUGGACUUAGUCCAGUCUUUCAUUAUUGCAUAAAUAAAGAUAUUUCACAGUUGAAGAAUGUU